AUGUCCUCGCAUACCACCGUUCACGUUUCGGAUAUCUCGCCCAAGACGACCGAGAAGGAGGUGCGGGACUUCUUUAGUUUCUGUGGAAAAAUCACUUCUCUGUCAAUUAGCCCAAGCUCAGGAGAGCCAGAUGCUCCUCAAUCUGCAACAGUGACGUUUGAAAAGGAAGCCGCCGCUAAAACCGCGCUCCUACUCGACAACACCCAGCUCGGUCAAUCCUCUGUCAAAGUGACCGGAGCCGCAAACAUCGACGACCUCGCUGGCGGUAGAUCCACCGACGCCUCUGAAGCCAAAGAUGAAAACAACCACCUGCUCGAGCAAGAAGACAAGCCCCGCUCACGGAUAAUCGCCGAAUACCUCGCGCAGGGCUACAGAAUCAGCGAUACGGCCAUCCAAAAGGCCAUCAGCCUCGACCAGAAACACGGCUUCUCCGCCAAAUUCCACCAGAUCCUUAGCGACUUCGACUCCAAGUUCCACGCCACCGAUAAGGCCAGGGGCAUCGAUUCUAGCUACGGCAUCACUGAUAAGGCUGCCAGUGGUCUGCGGGGGCUGUCUUCGUAUUUCGAGAAGGCCCUGGAUACGCCCACGGGACACAAGAUUCGGGAUUUCUAUCUGCAGAGCGAUAAGCAGAUUAAGGAUAUUCAUCAUGAGGCGAGACGGUUGGCGGAUUUGCAGAAUGGGAAGGCGCAUAAAGAGCAUGCGGAUGUGACGCAGCCAGAGAGAACGGCUCCUGCGAAUUCUUUGGGAGAACCUGCUGCUGCCACGGAUGAGCCGAAAAAGGCAUGA